GGGAGGAACGCCUGCGCUGAGCAGCACCGAGGACAGCGCCCGGCAGCGCCCACUCCCAGGUCCUGCUCCGCCGCAGCCCUAACUGGCACAUUGAGGUUCUUGCUCGCCCCACUCUCACUCUCUCACCGACCCUCACACGCACAGACACAUACCCCGCUGUACAAUGGCAGAAUCCCACCUGCAAUCAUCCCUGAUCACAGCCUCACAGUUUUUCGAGAUCUGGCUUCAUUUCGACACUGACGGAAGUGGUUACCUGGAAGGAACGGAGCUGCAGAACUUGAUCCAGGAGCUCCAGCAGGCGCGGAAGAAGGCUGGAUUGGAGUUAUCGCCUGAGAUGAAAACCUUUGUGGAUCAGUAUGGGCAGAGAGAUGAUGGAAAAAUAGGCAUUGUAGAGUUGGCUCAUGUAUUACCCACAGAAGAGAAUUUCCUGCUACUCUUCCGAUGCCAGCAGCUGAAGUCCUGCGAGGAAUUCAUGAAGACAUGGAGAAAAUAUGAUACUGAUCACAGUGGCUUCAUAGAAACUGAGGAGCUUAAGAACUUUCUAAAGGACCUGCUAGAAAAAGCAAACAAGACAGUUGAUGACACAAAAUUAGCUGAGUAUACGGACCUAAUGCUGAAAUUAUUUGACUCCAAUAAUGAUGGGAAGCUGGAAUUGACUGAGAUGGCCAGGUUACUACCAGUGCAGGAGAAUUUUCUUCUAAAAUUUCAGGGAGUCAAAAUGUGUGGGAAAGAGUUCAAUAAGGCUUUUGAGUUAUAUGAUCAGGAUGGCAAUGGAUAUAUAGAUGAAAAUGAACUGGAUGCUUUACUGAAAGAUCUCUGUGAGAAAAAUAAACAGGAUCUGGACAUUAAUAAUAUUCCAACCUACAAGAAAAGCAUAAUGGCUUUGUCGGAUGGAGGGAAGCUGUACCGAACAGAUCUUGCCCUUAUUCUCUCUGCUGGGGACAACUAGAGUUGGUGGCCACAACCACUUGCUAGCGAUACAUUGUAUCUAAAAAAUAACUGUGCACUAUAAAGGAGUAGGCUGUAUUUUCUUUUAUAUCUGUAAAUUUCAUUGCAUAUAGAUAACUAUCCAGGAUGUGUGGCACAUUCUUUUCUGCUUGUUUCUAUACUGUUUGUAAUGUACAGUUUUUGUAACUCUAUGAUUGAAAAGAAGAAAGCCUAUGCUUCAAUCAGUAACCCAAUUAAAAAAAAUAGUCUAACAUAUCCUUGCUUUCAUAAAUACAGCUGGAUGUUAAGAUUUCUCUAAAUAUUCCACCAAGAUUAAGCUUUAAAAUUCUAGUCUCUGAUGUGUAAAUGAACAUUUGGCUCUGAAUAUGAAAAUUAUACAUGCAAGUCAAGCAUUUUUAUUUUAGACAAUCACAGGACUGUCCCACAAAAUAUUUCUAAGCUGUAUUUCCAACUAUUAAGAGGAAUGUUCUUUGACAUAGUAAAAUUCUCACCAAAUUACCAAUAAACAGAUAAUUAUGUCUUUAUGAAGUUAACAGUCUCACUAGAGAUUUAGUUUAUUAAUCAACAAAAUGUUUACUGCUUGAAUCCAUUCAAACUAUCGGCUCAAGUUGAUUUGGUGACAAGGGAAGGUAGUACCAGAUAACAUAAAUCUGAUUCUGCACCUGUUUCCAACAAGUCUACUGUUUGAGAAUAUGACCUUAAUCCAUUUUCUAAACUAUUUUCAUGUGUUUCAGAUAUAAUUAUUCUAGUAAACUGCUCUUUAUGUCAUAUUGUGUGUAAACUGAUUAAAUUUAAUAUACUGAGUA